AUGGGGUGUGGCUGGAGCAGACGACAUCGAUCUGGAGACUCGGAUUUGGAAUCGUCAACAGUAGACGUGCUCCAGAUACCAUGGAUUGAGAAAGGUUAUCCACCUCCAGAACCUCCUCAGAAAUCCAAGAUAGAAAUCUUCAACCCUGAUGACUUUGAAGACAUAGACAGAAAGGCCUCUACGAUUCCUCGAAAACUUGCCCAUAGCUAUAGCACUCUUCUCGAACAUUUGACCCUUGACCUGGACACUGACCUUGAAAAACUCAGGUCAGUGUUUACGUGGCUGGGCAGUCAGGAUAUUCACAAUGGUGAGUUUAGUAAGAUCACGGAUUUGGAUACGCCGCUAGGAUACAUGAAACUGAUGAAGGCUGGCAAGGGAAGUUACUCGGCAUUCCUGGCACUUCUGCUAAGGUGGAUAGACAUACCCUGCGUUAUAAUCUACGGCAUAUCUAAAGGUUUUGACUACGAAGUGGGCGAUAGAGACAUCUACCACCUGCGUAACUGCUGGAACGCCGUAUACGUGGAGGACUCUUGGCGACUCAUCCACCCACUGUGGGCUUUCAAAAAAGUGAAAGGCUUCAACAAAGGGCGGUGGACUCUGAACACAGACAGAACGAAAAAAGAAAAGUUUAUGGAGAGGCCGUCAGAAGGAACCGAAAUUCGUGCAGCAGACGACUUCUACUUCCUCAUCGAUCCGGAAAUAUUGAUCUACAUGUGUCGACCAGCUGUUGACAUGUCGGCGUGGCAACUUCUGAAGAAGCCGCUCAGCUUUGAGCAGUUCGUGCAGGCGCCGUUUUUCAGACAGCGGUACUUCCUGUAUGAACUGGAGCUGUUAAGUGAGCCGAAGUGCAUUCUCCAGGCCAAGAACGGGUGUGUUGAGAUCGUGUUCAGCUGCCCGGAGAAUUCGCCCAUGGUGUUUGCUCAUGAACUCUUCUACGACAAGCGAGCUUCGUUCGAGGAUCUGCCGAGUAGCUUGAAGCUGGAACGGUUCGUGAUAAUGAGCACGAAACAGGACAAGCGUGUGUUCUUCGUCAGGCUGCCCGUGUCUGGCAUCUACAAACUGAGGAUCUACGGCGGAGUUACCAGACUCUUCCACCUGUGCGAUUUCCGUCUGGACUGCGACAAAGCCGUUUCUAGAUGCAGACCUCUCCCAGUUAGCUCCACCAUAGGGUUUGGAUUCACUCAGAGAGCGAGACAGUGUGGAUUGGACUACCCGUCAGAGUACAGUGGGAUUAUCCGCAUAGAGGCGGGACAUGGGAAGAUCUUUAACUUCCAGAUGUCGCGAGAUCUGGAGGUGCAGACGACGGUCCUUCACCACAACAUUGACACAGACGAGCUGAAGAGGUGCAUCAAGUCCAAGGUGAAGGACAAGACGAUCAGCGUGUACGUCAGUAUCCCAGACCAGGCCCUACAGGAGGAGUACGUGAUGCAGGUCUUCACCAGGGACAGAGGAUCCAGGGAUAAGUUCAGAAAUGCUAUCAACUAUCUACUGGCUAUCGAUCGAAGACCUGACCCAUUAGAGAACAACAGAGAAUGGCGCAUGCGUCUGAAUCUGCGUGAUUCGUUCGGACAGGAGACGAUCGCUGACUUUGAGCACAUGAUUCAGUCCUGCGACACGUUCACGUCUGACGAGAGUGGCUUUAGCGACAGUGGGAAAACAGAGACGACCGGCUCAAGUAUGGAAAGAAAAAACCUGCUCGUUCUCGAAAGAGAUCUGAAGGCAGCAAUUCACCGACGCCAGCUCCAGAGUCUAAACAAAUCCUUGGAAGUGGCCAAACACUCGGAGUACACCGUGCACCUCGACUACCUCAUCAAGGAAGGGGAGGAAGUCCGGGCCCAGUUGCGCAGACUCAAACGCUACCUGAACCACGUGCUGGAGAUCAAGCAGGCGACUCUGUCCGAGAUCCACAAGUACCAGCACCCCCUGCCGCCCAUCCACGCAACCAUGAUGGCCACCUACUUACUGUUACACGAGAAGGAACACGACCUCACAAAAUGGCACUACAUUCAAAACCUGAUGCGGCGGGUGGGGAAGGAGAGUCUGAUAUAUCGUCUGAUGGAUUUUGACGUCCUUCACCUGAACCAGUACACCGUGGACCGCGUGCAGGAGAUCAUUAAGCUCUACAACGAGGAGAUGGUGCAAACCUGCAGUGCAGCGGCAGCCAUCUUCUACGUCUGGUGUCAAAAUAUUGUAAUUGAAGCAGUCAUCUCCCCAACAAGAAAUGCAUUCAGAAGGAAGUCGGGUGUGUCUAUGAAGUUACCUCUGCCGCAGUCUAAGGUGUUUCCGAUGCAACUCUUUAAACGGAAAUCUCCCGAAGGAUCCCCAACGCCGAUGUCAGCUGAAAACCACGAAGAGGCGCAAACGUCUGAAACAUGUCAAACGUCAUCCAGCGGUCAGCUUACUGCACACAAAACACUCACUGUCCAGCUAAAUGCUACAAGCAAUCAAAACAGUUUCAGGCGGUCCACUAAGGGAGGGCCAACGUUCUACUGACGUCUUUUACAGGAACACAACUUAACAGUUCUUGGUAGGCCGACAUUGGCGAUUGAAAUUAGCUCUACCAUUUUUGGUACGAAAAAUGUUCAGUUAAUACAGUUUAUUGGUGUUCCGAAUGGUGUGAUGAUAUUCUAGAAAUUGAGCAGGUUUUUCUGUACACUUUAUAUUUAUAAAACCAAGGUCGGAAACUUCGUUCUAAACCAAUGCAAGCAAAAACACAAGUAUAAGGUAUUCGCAUCCCAGUACAAAAUUAAUUUUAACUUUAUCUACUAAACACUGGACUGUUCGGAGCACUUCUAAUUGGGGUGGUGAGCCCAUUCCCAGCAUCUUCCCCUUGGAUCCACGCCUGAGUUAUAUUAAUACAUUCAUACUCUUGCAUACUCUUGAGUAUAUUGUCAUUUCCGAAUGAUAUCGCCUCAAAAGCGUUUCUGGAUUGUUGAAAUGUUUAACUAGUUUAUAAACAAACAAAAAGCAACUCCAAAGUCGACGAGUGUGUUUCUUUAAAUUAAAGGACAAAAUAUACUUAAUGACUUUAAUUGUGUCAGUGGGGUGAAAAUAUACAUGUGAAUAUAUGGUAUUUGUGUAUAUAAUGUAUAAGCAAUUUUGUAAAUGCUGUAUUUUAUAUAACUUAUCAUGUUUUAAUACUGUGUAAAGUCAAGCACAUAAUAAUCACCCAUUGUUUCGUCUCAAUUCCCAUGACACCGGCCUCGGUGGCGUCGUGGCAGGCCAUCGGUCUACAGGCUGGUAG